ACGCAUAACACCCUCCAUACAGGACGUUGUUACAGUGGCGAGUUCAGAUGUAGCAACGGCAGGUGUAUCGACAGCAGCAUGUACUGCAACAGCUACAACAACUGUGGGGACAACAGCGACCACUGCGACAAUUCGGACGUGAACUACAGCUCGACUAUCUACAUGUCCGCUGCCAUCAUCCUAUGUCUGAUUCUGCUAAUUGUCAUCGUCGCCAUGUGCUGUUGCUGCGCCAAGUCGUCCCGGAAACGUCGCAGGAGACGGAGGAGUAGGUUAGCAAGACGUUCACGGCAACAGGCCCAGGAGCGGUGCGAAACGUAUGAUAACCCUGCUGGAGUUUUCACCCUCAAUGACCUCCCCCCGUACGUAGACAUCCCCUCCUACCCUCCCCCGGCCUACUCCACGCUACCCCGGAUACACGCCCAGUCCGAGCGUAGCGGCACCACGGCGGAGGCAGCUUUUGACGGGACCGCAGUCCCUGUUGACGAAGUGACAACCAUACCUCGAGAUAUACCUGUGGAGGAGACUAGGACACCUGUAAACACACCUAAGGAGGGUACAGCUGCAUAUGCGUGUAAAUCUGAUGCCGCUGGAGACACAUCUGAAGGGGGAACCGAUACAUAUAAGUCCAUGUCUAGUGCACGUGGAGAAACACCUGAGGAUGGUACACCUGGACAAACACCCGAUAGGGAUAUAUCUAAUAGUACACCUGGAGGUACCUGAGGUACACCUGACGAUAAACCUUAUUAUGAAACAAAGACAUCUAGAUGAGACAUCUAAAUGAAAAUAUGCAGUGCAA